UAGAAAAUGUAAAAAAAGGUUAAGGAUAACGGAGAAAUUGCCGUCUUUCUUAUUUACCAUAAAUGGGAAAAACUCCUUUCCAUUCUUAGAACAGCCACCAAACCAAGUAGUUUCAACUCCUUCAACUUCGGGUUCCUAACGUUAGCUAACUUUAGCUAGAUACGAUGAAGCCGACGAGCAAGAAGAUAAAGAUCGAGAAGAUUGACAACUUGCCGGCGAGGCAGGUGACGUAUUCGAAGAGGAGAAGAGGGCUUUUGAAGAAAGCUGGAGAGCUUUCAGUUCUAUGUGAUUGUGAGUUUUCUGUCAUCAUCUUUUCUGCUACUGGCAAGCUCUGUGAGUCCUCCAGCUCCAGUACGAAGGAUGUCAUUGCGAGGUAUGAAUCGCACAUUGAAAAUGUGGGAAAGUUGGACCGGCCAUCUCUUGAGCUCGAGCAUGACUGCAUCAGGUUGAGUAGGGAACUUGCGAACAAGAGCGGCAACAUAAGGCAGAUGAAUGGAGAGGAUCUAGAAGGGCUGAACAUAGAUGAGUUGCAGAGAUUGGAGAAAGAGAUUGAAGGAUGUCUUAACCGUGUGAAUCAAACUAAGGAAGAAAAGUUUAGCAGUGAAGUUCUGGAACUUGAGGCAAAGGGAGCUGAGUUGAUGGACGCGAGUAACCAAUUAAGGCAGGAUAUAGGGAUGUUAUCCAAUGGAAGUGUCACCUUUGAGUCAGAAAUCUCGACUGCUGAAGAAGGUUGGUUAUCGGAGUCUGCCACAAAUGCCAGCAGCUGCCUUUCAACUGAUUCUUCCCUAGAUGAUCACUCUGGCACCGACACUUUAUCUCUCAAACUUGGGCUUCCUUACGGUGGCUAAGCUGGGGAGAUCCAGAAGGUGAAAGUAUUCAUAGUAUGGUAUUCUGUAUUUGUAAUAAAAGUACUUAUAGAUGCCAUGCAGGUUAUUAUAUGUAGGGUUUUUUACUUCAACAGUGUCUGGACUCUUCGAGGACUUUUAAAAUGAUACCUGAACUUUCAAAGUUAUCAAUGUGAUACCUGGACUCAUUUUUUCUUAUCAA